GGCAGAACCAGAGAGAAAGAGCCUUUCUAGGCGCGAUAAGAUGACGUCACAGAAGCAGGGCCGAAACCAUCCGUUGCUUUGGGCUCUAGGCUCGCGGAUAUCGUCUACCUCCGGGUGGGAGUCUCCGUGGCAAUGACCAUCUGUCAGUUCUUCCUUCAAGGCCGGUGCCGCUUUGGAGAGCGGUGUUGGAACGAACAUCCUGGUGCCGGGGGUGCGGGCGGGGGACGGCAGCAACAGCCCUCAGGUAGUAACAGACGUGGAUGGAAUUCCACCAGCCAGAGAUACUCCGGUGUUAUCCAGCCACCUAGUUUCUCCAAAUCCACACUAUGGGGGGGCAGCAGAGAUCAAGAAACACCAUCUUUUCAGUCUUUUGAUUCUGGAGCUUCAACCAGCAGGAAUGAACCGCACCAGGGUCAAAUGAAAAAUGUUUUCCGCUUUUUUUCUUUUGAAAGGGAAGGAAUCAUAAAAGAUAUGGAGAUCUGGGAAUCAUCAGGGCAGUGGAUGUUUUCUGUUUAUUCACCAGUGAAUAAAGAGAAGAAACCUAAUAUUUCAGGUUUCACAGACAUUUCACCAGAGGAGUUGAGGCUUGAAUACCAUAACUUCUUAACAAGCAAUAACUUACAGAGUUAUCUAAAUUCCAUCCAACAGUUAAUAAGUCAGUGGAGGAACAGGGUAAAUGAACUGAAAAGUCUAAAUGCAUCAACUCAGAUAGCGUUGCUCUCUGAAGUAAAGGAUGGAUUAAAUCAAGCAGCACCUGCACUUGGACUUGCUAGUAAACACACAGUAACAUUUGGGUCCCCAGGCUUUCCAGUGAAUAACAGCAACAGUGAUAAUGCUCAGAAUUUUAGUUUUAAAAUAGCCUCUGGAUUUGCCACUGCUCCUUCCGGAAGCACUCCUGUGUUUGGGAAUGUUCCAGCCUUUGGAGCCGCACCCUCUGCCAGUUCAGCCAUUACUACAUCUACUCCAACUCUUGGAUUUGGAAAACCGGAAGUCACAUCUGCUGCUUCCUUUUCAUUUAAAACCCCUGCAGCUUCUGGGUUUGGAUCUCCCGGGGUUUCAGGCUUCCCGGUUUCCACGGCAGCAGGCCCCGCUGGCGCUCCAGGGGCCCAGGCCUUUGGACACGGCAGCUCUGUGGCUGGUUUUGGUGGUCCAGGCUCCCACUCUCACACGCCUUUUUCCCAGUCAUCCAGCGAUCCCUUUGGAAAUAACAGCAUAUCCACCUCUCUCCCUGCCUCAAACAGCAGCACAACAGAUGAUGUAUUAUUCACACCCAAGGAUCAGCUAACAGCGGGAGAACUGGAGCAAUUUCAAUCCAAGAAAUUUACUCUGGGAAAAAUCCCACUGAAGCCACCGCCUGUGGAACUUCUAAAUAUUUAAAAGGACAAUUUUAAAUACAGAAAAAAACGACUUAUAAAAUUGUUUUGAGUGGUUCAUAUAAAAGAACAUAUAUACACACAAGCAUAUAUGUAUGUAUACACAUAUAUGUAUAUUUAUAAGGAACAUAGCUUCCAAUAAUAACUUUAGGGGUUUGAAAUUUAAUGUUUUCUUGGGCCUAACUAUUUAAGUAAAAUAUAAUACUCAACAAGAGAUUUGUUUUUUUUUUACUAUAGUCAUGAAUGGAACUGAAAAACUUGUCAGUUUGUGCUGAAUAAAGUACUUUUCUCAUUCUACAUCACUUUGCUAUACCCUUUAAAAUUUUACUUUUAAACAUUUUUUUUUUUUUUAGGAAGGAGAUAAUUUUUAAAACCAUUAGGGGGAAAACGUUUAAAUAUUUAGCCUACUUGCUGAAUAAUCAGUCGCAUAACUUUCCUCCAUGUUAAAGAAGAUCCCCUUAAAGAGAAAAAUAACAGUUUACAAGGGGAGAAAACUUUGCUUUUUAAGGUCUAGGAGGCACUUUUCCCUCAUAGUUUUGUUCCCCCUUCAAUUUUGUCUGUCUCAUGGACCACCAUUUCGGUUUUCUUCAACAGCUUUUAUGGUCAUUUUUAUCUGAGCCUAAUUUUUACAUAAUUCUACUUAUUCCUUACAUUAUCCCAUCAAGUGGUUGGAUAAUAAAGGGAAUAGAAAUUGGGAUCUCAUGUGAAUGAAUACUUGUACAUAGGGGGUCAAGAUUCACCAGCUCUGUUUGUAGAGCUUUUCUUGGAAUUCUCAGACAUGCUUGGAUCUCCCUGUGUCCUCAGAUUGAGGGGUAAUGUCUUCCAUAUCUUAUAAUUGGUUGAUCCAAGAAACCAAAGACCUGCCUUGAGUUGAAGCGUAUGUGUCAUAGCU